UUGCACUUUUUAUCACAAGGAAUAAUGAUAUUUAAUAUUGUAUGUGCACCGAUUUGUGAAACCAUUCAACACUAAUCAAACUUACUGACUAUUCAAAACAUCUCUCUGAAGACUCUCCGAAUUAAAUAUUUUAAAAAUUAAGUUUAGCUUAGUUUUUGUAUCAGCAGCAGAUAUAGAGUAUAUUCUGUAUGUCACUUAGCCCUGCUCUGUAGCCUAGCCUUACUAUACUGUAUGUAUGUGUUUUUAGGUUUUACAUAACAUCACUAUCAUCUUAAGUCACCUCUUGGCACCGUUUGACAACUUGAGUCUUGUUUUGGACUUGCUUUGAUUGGUCAGGAUGGACCAACGCCUUCGGUGCAGACUGACUCCCAUCAGCCCGAGCUUGCGUCAUCGCUCUCUUUGGCAUGGAGCAGUAACUGCUGAUAUGUAAAACCCUGUGCUGCCGGGGUCCUCGUCGGACAUCCUUUUGACACAGUUAAGGUUCGUCUUCAGGUCCAGAGUGUGGAUAAACCACUUUACCGAGGGACUUUUCACUGUUUCCAGUCCAUCAUACGUCAAGAGUCAAUGCUUGGCCUUUAUAAAGGCAUUGGGUCGCCCAUGAUGGGCCUGACGUUCAUCAACGCCAUCGUCUUUGGUGUUCAGGGUAACGCCAUGCGCAGGUUGGGUGAGGAUACACCCUUGAACCAGUUCCUAGCCGGAGCGGCGGCCGGUGCCAUCCAGUGCGUGAUCUGCUGCCCGAUGGAACUGGCCAAGACCCGAAUGCAGCUGCAAGGAACAGGCGAGAAGAAGUCGUCCUCUCGGAAGGUCUAUAAGAACUCGCUGGACUGCUUGGCUCGUAUUUACCAGCGCGAGGGUUUGCGAGGAGUCAACCGAGGAAUGGUUACGACUCUCAUCCGAGAGACGCCGGGAUUCGGCGUUUAUUUCCUCGCGUACGACCUCCUGACGCGUUCGCUGGGAUGCGAGCCGGAGGAUCCGUACAUGAUUCCCAAACUGCUGUUCGCCGGAGGCAUGUCGGGAAUCGCGUCUUGGCUUUCGACGUAUCCUGUGGACGUGAUAAAAUCCCGCCUCCAAGCCGACGGGGUCGGAGGAAAGUACCAGUACAGCAGCAUCAUGGACUGCACCAGGAAGAGCAUCCAGCGCGAAGGUUGGCGGGUUUUCACGCGCGGACUUACUUCGACUCUCUUACGGGCUUUUCCGGUCAACGCAGCCACUUUCGCAACAGUCACACUCUUUCUUUUGUACGUACGUCCGGACGAGGGAUCGAAAGAUUGCGAAGCGGCUCCAGCUUCGCAUCAAGCACCAUUGCAGCAGCAGCAAGCGCAAAAAUCCAGUCUUUGAGUCACUCAUCUUCCUGGGAUUUCGACUAGCGUAGCACUUCCCAAAAUAAUGGCUGUUACUAAACCGAACAGUGCAUCGAGCACAUCUCUCCACUGUAAACAGAACUGCACAACCUUUAUAUCCCAACAGUGACUCUGUAAAUAUAUAUUUUUAUAUUCAAUGAUAUUUAACAAAUACGUUCCCUGUGACUGCCUUACGAGAGCUGAAAGAAUCCGUCCGCUUGAAAGUAAGAGUUUGCGUGUUUCCUUUUGUUGUCACUUGGCAGAACUAGUAAAACUUGCUUUGAAGCUGCAUAUUAUUUCUACACUGAAGAGAAUCCAGUGUCUUAACAAAUCACUGGAAGUUUGGACACCCCUUGAUGUGAAUGAUUGGAGGCAGUGACGUGUGGAUGUUGGACAGGUUUUAGGUCAUUCGGAACGUUUUGGAAUGGUGCAUUUUGGGAAAGUAGCUACCAAGGUCCUCCCAUUCUCGUUUUUGUUUGCAUCAAACUUAAUACGGCCUCUACCCCGGACAUAGAUUACAUGUGUACUCUCAACCCCACCCAGACUUGGACAAAUAUGAUUUUUGGCACUGUUGAAUAUAGUCUUUGUUAUAUUACAAUGUUUUUAAUCUGAGGCGUGGGAACCUCUUUUUAGUGGAAGCUGCUGGUGAAAUUGCCUACAAGGUUGCGAUAUCGUGGCUCACCGUUAAAGUUGUGAAAUUAACAUGGUAGACACCAAAUUACAUUUGCUUGAGUUUCUAAAUCACUAAUGUUACAUCUGAGGAACUGUUGAUGUUGUCUACUUGUAUUGCGUUAGCCCGAAUUCAUUUGGUUCUGGUGUACUGAAAGCGAAUAAACCAAAGGUUUUGGACCGACAAAUCAAAUUCCGUCCCCUCAAAGCAAGUCUUGAAUUAAUGGCAUAUUAUCUUCGAAAUGAAUGCAAUAUUUGCAUGUUUUCUUUAACUUGUGUUUGUAUACAGGUCGUAUCUGGGACAGUUUUACUAUAUUUAAACUGCUAUUGGACGCUGUGUUUAAGUAACCUCUUUACUGAUUUACUGAAGAAUGUGGGUUGUCUCUUUAAGGUCAAUAUAUUUAAUUGUUGUGUAUAUAUCGAGGCUGGAGUUUCUCAGCAUAUUGAAAGCUGUGUAAAUAGAGAUGCAUACUGUAUGUUUGAUUUCAGAGUGCUGAGACUAAAACAUGCACAUGACAGAAGAGGUUUGCCUGGCUUUUAAAGAAUGUGCUGCUCUUUUUGGAAUGGUUACGGAUUGUAUUAUAUUAAAUGUAAAUAUGUAUUAUUCUAUUAAAAAGAGAAGUUUAGAGUGAUGUAUUGAAAAGGAGAUUGUUUUGUGUGAAAUCUGUAAGAAAUGUAAGUAAUGUGUAUGUUACAGAGUUAGAAUGGUUUCAGAAGGACUAAAGUGGUUUUAAUUUGAGUAGUUUUAGUUUAGUUUUCUCUUUUUCAGGUUCAUUGUUACUGUAACAGAUGGAUUAAUAUUGAAUCUGAUUAAAUGUUUGUCCUAUUUUUGUAUGCAAAAGUUUAGUUCUGUGCUACUCCCAUUUGAAAACUGCUAAAAUAUGUGGAAAUAAAUGGGACAAAUGAUAAA